CUGGGUGACCAAGAUGCAAAGUAUAUCUAGUCCAGUCAUUAAAAUCUCAUAUAUGCUAUAUUGCCAAAAGUAUUGGGACACCCCUCCAAAUCAUUGGAUUCAGGUGUUCCAAUCACCUCCAUGGCCACAGAUGUAUAAAAUCAAGAACCUAGGCAUGAAGACUGCUUCUACAAAGAUUUGUGAAAGAACGGGUCACUCUCAGGAGCUCAGUGAAUUCAAAUGUGGUACCAUGAUAGGUUGCCACCUGUGCAAUAAGUCCAUCCAUGACAUUUCCUUACUUAAUAUUCCACGGUCAACUGUUAGUGGUAUUAUAACAAAAUGGAAGCAACUGGGAACAGCAGCAACUCAGCCGCAAAGUGGUAGGCCAUGUAAAAUGACGGAGCGGGGUCAGCGCAUGCUGAAGCGCACAAUGUGCAGAAGUCACCAACUGUUUGCA